AUGUUCUCAGCAGCUCAGGGGGUCCAUGGGGAGAGAGACCGAGGCUGUGGAUAUGAAGGGUCUGGUCUUGGCCUGGUGAAUGGGAGAUCACCGCUGGGUAUAAUCCCUGACAAACUGGAGGGCCCAGCACAAACUGCAAGCUGCCCUCUGUCCACAUACCUGCAGCGAGCAGCCUUCACCAUUGGGCCUGACGAUGGAUACCUCAGCGAACAGCUGCCUGUCAAACACUUCCAAGAUGUGGGAACAAUUACUGAUGUGUGUUACAGUGACAAUGUACCAGAGGUGGAGAUCUUCAGUCUGUUGCAGGAGGGUUUGCCCAGGUACACGCUGCGGGCAGAUACUGUGUACGGUUACAGUCACGAUGACUGGUUAGAUACCCCCCUGGUGCCCCCUGACAUUAACAUCCGCCUCAGCCCGGAGCAGAUCGAAGAGACACUCAAGUAUUUCCUUCUGUGUGCAGAGAGGGUGGGCCAGGUGACAAAGACAUACCGUGACAUUGAAGCUGUCACACACUUGCUGGAGGAGAAAGAGCGAGAUCUGGAACUCGCAGCUCGGAUCGGACAAUCCCUGCUGAAACAGAACCGUAUCCUGACAGAGAACAACGAAAACCUGGAACAACAAAUCCAACAACUCAUCGAGGAGGUGACCCAGCUGAAACAUGAAGUGAGUAUGAGGGAUGACCUUCUCCAUUUCUACACCAACUGCCCGGAGGAGACUGAGGCUGAUUCAGCGUCCAGCAGCCCGCUGAGACGGAACGAGUCCUCGGUCUCUCUGCAGAGUUAUCUCCACCUGGAAUUCCUGCAACAGAAACUGCGCAACCUGGAAGACGAGAACCAGAAACUCAGACACAAGGCUGCUCAGUUAUCGACAGAAACAUUGGAAUAUGAGUGCAAGGAGGAGCAGUUGGUGUUAGACUGUGCCAAGGAACUGGAGGAGAGCAAUAACCAAUUGGCAGCUGUUUCUGAGGAGCUGUCACAGAAGGUGGAGGAUUCGGUGAAACAGCAGGAAGAGAUCAGCCUUCUCCUGGCCAGAGUUGUGGAACUCCAGCAGAAAUGUAAAAUGUGCACGACAGAAAAUGAAGAGCUAACUCAAUACCUUGUCGCAGCAAGAGAUACUCAGGAGCAAUUAAAGACUGAGGUGCAGUACCUGCGGGAGAAAUAUUCCCAGUGUGAUGCGAUGCUGCAUGAAGCCCAAGAGGAGAUGAAGAAUUUGAGGAACAAGACUGCUCCAAACAGCUCCAUCAACCGGUACCACACUGUACCCGUCUAUCCCAUGGACUCUCUGGCUGCUGAAAUCGAAGGAACAAUGCGAAAAGGCUUAUACAUUGACACUGCUGCAUCUCUGGAGAACAGUAACUACAACCGAAGGGUCUUUGAGACAGUCCGGGCAGUCAACCAGGCAGUGAAGCUGAAAUCUCGCUCCCAAUCGCCUCAGAACAUUCCAGGCUCCAGCCCAUCGUCCACGGGACAGCCAGGCUCCAGCCACAUCAGCAGUCCCCACACCAGCUUGUACGAGUCCAAUCCAUCCAGCAAUGGGCUGGAUGACAAACUGCAAACCCUGAACCUGGAGAACGACAACACUCUCCUCGGAGGGGAGGAUGGAGAGCGGAAACCCGGGACACCAGGGACUCCGGGAUGUCGGGAUUUACAGGCAGCUCUGCAGCGGCUGUCUCUGAGGCAACAGGCUUCAUCAGAGAAAACUCUGUUCGAUCAGGACCGCGAGCAGAAACUGAACACCCUGGCAGAUGAGGAGACUCUGUCUAGUGGCUUGGUCACUCCAGCAGAGAGUGUCCUAUCAACAGGCACCAACUAUUCCGGAAGCUCAGGAAUGACCGGAUUUUCAGGCUUUUCUGUGAGUUCCCGACCCAACUUCCCGGAUAAACUGAAAAUUGUGAAGCCAUUGGAAGGUUCAGUGACCCUCUAUCAGUGGCAGCAGCUUGCACAGCCGAACCUCGGGGGGAUCCUGCAGCCCCGCCCUGGGGUCCUCACCAAAGAUUUUCGGCAACUAGACAUUGACACGGGGGAGGUGUACAACCUGAACGACUUUGAAGAAGAUGAGACAGACCAAUACCAAUCCUCAAACCGCUUGCCUGACACUCAAUCCACCUACACCAUCACUACUUGCCGUAUUAUGCAUCCAUCGGAUGAGUUAACCACAGUGACACUGAGUUUACAUCACACCCCUACUCCCUCAUGUGCCAGUGCUGGCAAGUUGAGAUCUAUCUCAUCUGACGCAACUCGCUGCAGUCCACAGCGUAAACGUUACGUAUCCGAGUCUGCCACUAACCUGAGAGAGCACACCACCACAAUGAGCACCUCACUCGGGUUAGUGACAUUGUUAAAGGAACACGGGAUCUCAGCAGCCAUGUAUGACCUGAUGUGUAAUGAUGAAGACGGUGUCGUGGACGACACUGCCACUGUUCAGCAGCACUCCGACGGAACCCUGCCCAGCUUCCCAAGCUCUGAACCACCUCUGCUCUCCCUCUCAAAGCCCCCGUUUGACCUGAGCCAUACUAGCCCACCUCAGAAACCCUUCCUCACCUCGAGUUUGGCCAGGUCAAUGCUCAACAGGAUGAACAGUUCCGAGGAUGGAAGGAGCCCGAGUGACACCAGGAACCAAAGAAACAUCUUCAGCUUGAACCUGGUGGAGAAACUGAAACGACUUGGUUUAGACAAAGUGGUGGCCAGAGGAAUGGUCAACGCUGAGAGCAAAAGGUUGACACGCCUUACACGAAGGUUCAGCACGUGAGAAACGGCAACAGCAAAGUGUCCCCUUCGUCAGGGUGGUGACGCUGGGAGUCCAUUCUUAAUGAUCAGUGUGGAUGGGUCCCUUUCUCCCCAUGACCUCUCCCCUCUGACCCAUGACCCCUCACAAACCUCAUUCUUCCCUUUUCCUACCUGCUCUCUGUUUAAAAACUGAACCUGGUCAUUACCCUCUGCAAUACUUGCCAUCAGUCAGCACAAGGCCCAUUCCACCUUCUUUCAGUUUUUUGUGCAUUAUGCACACUGGGUUGGUUGAUUCACAAGGAAGUUAUCUGUUAACUGUUCAAUAAUAACCAAUGACCGCAUG